CGUGAUCGAGGUGGGGCCGAACGUGCGGCCUUGUUCUCCGCCGGGUUCCCUGGCACCAGGGCGGGACUGGGGCUGCGCUGCGCUGCUUAGAAGUCGUGCCCCCCUCGCUGCUGCUUUGCUUUCUUGUUCCCCCUCCUUAGGGGAGGCAGCUGUGCUGUCUUGAAAGCUGCGUUUCUCACGGUGACUUUGGAAGGGUUUUCUUGACAUCAGUUAUUUGCUCGUUUCCGAGGCCAGCACCAGUUUGUUGCUGCCCAAAGCCAAGAGCUUCUCCCCGCAGCUCGUCCUGCUGUGUCUGGGUGCCUUCCCUGCACUCUGAGGACAAUACUGUGUUAAAAUGCUGCGUUACUGGGGUGAGAUCCCGGUGCCAUCCAACCAGGCCAACCGCAGCUCUUUCGACCUCCUCCAGCGUGAGUUCCGCACGGUGGAGGUUCAGGACCCUCCUCUGCACCAGCCGUCAGCCAACAAACCACGGCCCACCACCAUGCUGGACGUCCCCUCCGAGCCCUGCAGCCUCACCAUCCACACCAUCCAGCUCAUCCAGCACAACCGGCGGCUGCGCAGCCUCAUCGCCAUGGCCCAGGCACAAAAUCAGCAGCAAGCGGAGGGCAUCAAGACAGAAGACAACGAACCUCUGCCCUCUCGUCCGGCCUCCCCACCUCUUCCUGAUGACCUGCUUCCUCUGGACAGCAAGCCCCCCAAAAUGCCAUUCCAGUUGAGGCACAGUGACCCAGAGAGCGAUUUCUACAGAGGAAAAGGGGAACCUGUGACCGAGCUGAGUUGGUCCUCCUGCCGGCAGCUGCUCUACCAGUCAAUGGCCACUAUUCUGGCUCACACAGGCUUUGAGUGUGCCAACGAGAGUGUCCUGGAGACCCUGACAGAUAUAGCCCACGAGUACUGCUUGAAGUUCACCAAACUGCUGCGCUUUGCUGUGGAUCGAGAAGCCCGACUUGGGCACACCCCUUUCCCGGAUGUCAUGGAGCAGGUCUUUCAUGAAGUGGGCAUUGGCAGUGUGCUCUCACUGCAGAAGUUCUGGCAGCACCGCAUUAAGGAUUAUCACAGCUAUAUGCUUCAGGUUAGCAAGCAGCUCUCUGAAGAGUAUGAGAAGAUUGUCAACCCUGAAAAGGCAGCAGAAGACACAAAGCCUGUGAAGAUUAAGGAGGAGCCUGUUAGUGAUAUCACUUUCCCCAUAAGCGAGGAGCUGGAGGGAGAUCUUGCUUCUGGUGACCAGUCUUUGCCCGUUGGAGUUCUUGGAGCUCAAAGUGAGCGAUUCUCUGCAAAUUUGGAAGUAGAAGCUUCCCCGCAGACUUCAGGGGCUGAGGUAAAUGCUUCCCCGCUCUGGAACUUGGCACAGGUGAAAAUGGAACCACAGGAAAAUGAGGAAUCCAAUGUACAUGGCCAUGGGGUCUUAGGCAGUGAUGUCUUUGAGGAGCCUAUGUCAGGCAUGAGUGAAGCUGGGAUAGCGCAGAGUCCCAAUGGCUCUGAGAGCAGCUAUGGUUCUCAUUCUGCUGACAGUCUGAUGGGAUCCUCACCUGUCUUCAACCAGCGCUGCAAGAAAAAGAUGAAGAAGAUGUGAAGAAAGGGGGCCUUUUGAUUUAUUUCUGAUGGACUUGAAACAAACUAAGAGAGUUCUAUGAUGGCUAUGAUGUAUAAAUGGGGCUGGCCCUGUUGUAUGAGGGAGCUUGCAUGAAAUCAUUACAAGAGGUUUGAUGUGUGGUGCACUUCAUCUCCCCUCAUAGCUGGCUUCCGUACUCAUGAGAUUGAAGAUAACUGUAUGUGCUUGUUUUGGCAAACUGAUGUUUACAAGUUACAAGUGGAAAAUAGCUGUGAGGAGAUUUGUUAAGUCAUGGAAUCACUGAAUAAUUGGGAUUGGAGCUUUCUGGUCCAGCCAAGGCAAAUGGAGCAGGUUGUUCAGGGCCUCAUUGAGUUUUGAAUAUCUGCAAGGAUGGUGGGACUACAGCUCUGGGCAGUAUUUGCCAGCAUUUGACUACCCUCGCAGGAAAAAAUUAUUCUUGCAUCCAGCUGAAAUUUUCAUGUUUCAACUCAUAUUCGUUGCUUCAUUUUCCAUCACUGUUCAUCUCUCAGUUCAGUCUGACUUCAUCUUCUCUAACCUACAUAUUAAGUGGUCGUAUAUAACAAUGAGAUCUCUCCUUAGCUUUUCCUCUUCUUAUAUCUGAAAAAGCCAAGCUCCCUCAGCCUCUCCUUUUCCCGCGCUACAGUUCCCUAACAAUCUUAGUGGCUUUCCAAGAAAAUUGCUGCAGUGCCCUUAUUGUAAGAUGAAGCGUGAAAGUGGAUGAAGUCAUCCAGUUAAGGUCUCACAAGUACAGUACAGAGAGAAAUAAUAAUUUCACCAUGCUGGCCACACAAUUGCUAACUGUUGCUGGAAACAAGACAGUCUCAAGUAGGGUAAUUUUACGGGUGGGGAGAACCUUCACUGAUGAUGAUGAUCUGGCAGAGAUGCUGGAGGGUGGCCUUACAGUGUCAUCAGCCAGCUCCUUUGGUGCCUUCAAAUGCAUCUUGUCUGUUUACAUGGACUUGUGCACAUCUCGAUUGCUAAAGCUCCUGCUAACUGAGGCUUCCUUUGCUGUACAUAAUACCUUGUCCUCUCACAAUCUUCUAGUGGACCCAGCGGGCAGACCAAACAGUGAAAGUGUGUAUGGUGUUGAGUACAUCAAUUUCAAAUUGCAGCCUUUGAUUCCAGGUUGUUGAACAGCAAGCCCGCAUUUUCCUUAACCUUUCUUUUGCUUCCAGUGUGCAUAGAAAAGUCCUUCUUCACAUUUCUAUGGGUUUCACCUCCAGCUGAACUUUGUCUUACCUAAUUCUCUCCCUUCAUGCUUGGACUGUGUCUUUAUAUCUCUUCUGGCCAGCUCAUUCUCAUUUUCAUUUCUUUGUACUCUUUCUGUACAUCUGAGCUCAGUCAGGAAUUCCUUGGUUACUUGUGCUGGCUUUCUGUCAGGCCUGCUUUACUUUGUGCUCAUCAGAAUGGACUGUUCUACUUUCAGAAUACAAUCUUUGAAGGUAAGACAGCACUCUUGGGCCACCUGGGGAGACCGGGGUUGUCCCUCAUGAGAGCCCACCAAGAUGUUCCUUGAAAAAACAAGAUU